AGAAGGCCCUGAUAGUGAUACCCGUAAACUACGUAUCAAUCAUACACAAUGUUGGUGGCUCAACCACCUGAUAAGUGCUCGGCGCUUGCCGAUGCAUAUAACGGUCAUGAGCCUAUGGAUCGCAUCAGUUCAGCUGACCCUGUGAUAGCCCUGCUGAGCGAACGUGACGACGCUUCACGCGAACUAGGCUUACGUCAGCUAAAUAUCCUAGUUGAUACGUUUUGGGCUGAAAUAGCAGACAGUUUGGAAUUAAUACAUCAAUUACACAACGAUACUAGUUUCUCCACCCGUAAUUUGGCGGCCCUGGUACUGUCUAAGGUCUACUUCCACUUGAGUAACUACCCCAAGGCUUUGCAGUAUGCUCUGGCUGCAGGAGAGCACUUCAACCUUCAGGAGUCCUCCGAGUAUGUCAACAUCAUCGUCGCCAAUGCCAUUGAUGAGUAUAUUCGUGACCGCCAGGCGGUCGUUGAUGGCGAAAAUUCGGCUAUAUCCAAUGGUGUUGUAUGUGGCUUUCAGCAGCAACUGGAGUCGCUGGUAACCAAGCUAAUAACCAUGAGCGUAGCUUCUGGUGAUGAGCAACAUGCAAUUGGUAUAGCCCUUGAUUCCCGUCGUCUUGAUUUUGUCUGUGAAAUCCUUAGGAACAGCACUUCCUCUGGGCCUCUGAUCGACUACACCAUAGGUCUUUUGGAGAAUGUCAUUAGUCGUGACUUCUGUCUACAGCUUUAUCGGGAGAUUCGUGAUAUACUUGUAUCCAUGUCUCAGGAUACUUUGAUUAACCAUUAUCAGAGUCUGGUCACGUGUUUGUAUCGCCUUGACGAUGCAAAUGCAAUGGCUCAGCUAUUGCAUGACAUAAUAAUCAGGGAUGAGCAUUUACGUGCAUACCAAAUUUGCUACGAUCUGGUUGAUAUUGGUGACCAGAAAUUUCUCAACGGCAUGAAGGCAUCCGUUGCUUUGAGUGUGCCUGAUGACAUUAGAUUCGAUCGAGUGAAGCACAUUCUAUCUGGAGACAGUACCACCGAGUUGUAUUUGCAAUUUUUGCACCGCAAGAACCAUACUGACUUGCGUUUACUUGAGCAUUACAUGACUUCCAUUGACCAGCGUAGCAGUAUAUGCCACAGUGCAGUGGUUAUGGCCCAUGCAAUAAUGCAGGCUGGUACCUGUUGUGACCUUUUCCUUCGUGACAACAUCGGCUGGUUGGCAAAGGCCAACCAUUGGGCUAAAUUCACUGCCACUGCAUCUAUCGGUGUGGUCCAUAAGGGCUACGUAAAGAACUGCAAGAAGGUUCUUUCUGCUUAUUUACCAGGCUCGUCUCCAAACAGCUCGCAAGCUUUUUCAGAGGGCGGUUCUUUAUACGCCAUUGGUUUGAUAAUGGCUAACCAUUAUGACAGUGAGGCCGUUGACAUUUUGACCCAGCAUAUUAAAAACGAGUCUGUUGAGGAAGCCGUUCACCACGGUGCAGCUUUAGGUUUAGGGCUGGUUUGCAUGGGUCAAUGUGACCGGGCGGUCUACGAAGAGCUGAACAACAUUUUGCUAAAGAACAAUGCAGUAUCAGGCCAGGCCGCUGCCAUAGGCAUUGGCCUUCUAAUGUUUGGCAGCGGUAACCUGGAGGUGUUGGAUGCGCUGCACAGCUGCUGCGUCGACACUCAACAUGAGAAGAUAUCCCGCGCGUGUGCUCUGGCCAUAGCCAUGGUAUUAUACCGUCUUGAAAAGGAUGCAGACUCUAUGAUAGCCAAGAUGACUAAGGAUAAUGAUCCUGUAGUCCGCUACGGUGGUAUGUUUGCCUAUGCCAUGGCCUACUGUGGCACUGGCUCCAGCAAGGUUGUAAAGGCGCUUUUAUAUGCCUCUGUAUCGGACGUAUCAGAUGAUGUCCGCAGAGCUGCGGUUAUAUCAUUGGGGUUCGUCCUUUGCAACACUCCCGAGGAAGUACCCAAGGUGCUUAAGCUUCUGGUUGCUUCAUACAACCCACAUGUGCGUUACGCUGCCGCCAUAGCUCUUGGCAUCACGUGUGCGGCAUCGCCUCAACCGGAUGUACUUCGCCUCUUGCACGCACUUUCUUCCGACAGCGCAGACUUUGUUCGACAGGGUGCAUUCAUAGCCUUGGGUCUUGUAUUGCAGCAGAGCAAUGCAGACACCAGCAAUGAUGUCAUGCAGGUGCGUGAGCUCUUCAAGAACAUUGCCGGUGAGAAGCACCAGGAGGUAAUGGCCAAGUUUGGUGCUAUCCUAGGGGCCGGCCUCAUGGAUGCUGGUGGGCAGAACUGCGUAGCAUCAUUGUACACCUGCCGUGGUAACAUGCGCCUGGAGGCCGUUGCUGGGUUCCUGAUGUUCUCGCAAUAUUGGUUUUGGCAUCCAUUUAUGCACUUCAUCUCGCUAGCGCUCCAGCCAACCUGCUUGAUUGGUAUCAACGGUGAUUUGCAGAUACCUACCGGUUACAAGGUGCUCUGCACUGCGCCUCCCAAGCUGUUUGAAUACGUCCACCAUAUGACUGACGAGCCUGUGGAAAGCAACAAGGGCGAGGUCACUGCUGUGCUGUCUAUAUCCGCCAAACGUCAUGCCUGGAUGGCAAGUGGCAAAUCAGUUGAGCACGUCGAGGACUCAGGGGGCAAUAUCAACGGUAAGCCCAUAAUGCCGGAUGACUCCGUAUCGGUUAAUUCCGACGGCCGUUCCCAGCGUCUGGAGGUUGCCAGUAUAGCUGCUACCCUAGGCCACUCCAGCGUCGCCUCGCGCGACGGCAGCAGUGUGGAUUACAACAACGAUGUCGUGAUGACUAGUGACGGCAUAUCGGUAUCGAGUAACAACGAGUUUCUAAAUGCAGCCGUCCUGGACGAAAUGGGUGAAGCCAAUGUGGACCACUUGAUGUCCGGUGCUACUUUGCUACAGAACCCAUGUCGUCUGCUACCUCGGCAGGCUAUGUACGUAGUGACUCCAAAGGACAGUCGCUACCAACCUGUAUUCACCGACCGGAGUUACGGCAUAGUACUGCUCCGGGACACUACCCCCGACGAGCCUGAAGAGUAUGUUGCCUGCGGCACUGACCAGCCAGAGGCGCAGCCAUUCACGCCAUUUAUAUAUAAACGUCAACAAUGAUUAAUUACCAUGUGCUUACAUGUAAUGCGUGUGUUAUUUAGCUUUGAGGUGGCAUCACAGACUGCGUUUGCUGGUUU